AUGAAAGGAGAUUAUAAUUUUUUUUCGGAUAAAAAGGAUGAUCCUUUAGAUGCUGUAUGUCCAAAACUAUCAUAUCAAUAAAGAUUGUGGGGAUUUUUGAUUUGUAGUGGAAUAGGUUGGUUCUUAGAAUUUUGUGCAUUCAUUUCAUUUUUUCAAGGGAAUGGCAAAGAAUUUGCAAUCAUAUUUUCAAUCGGAAAUUUAGUGGCAAUAAUGAGUACUUUGUUUUUGUCUGGACCAAAAGAUUAAUGCAAGAAGAUGGCCGACAAAAGUAGAUUAAUUUCUACAAUAAUAUUCUUUUCAACAUUGAUUGUAACCCUUGUACUAGCAUUUGCAACUGAUUUAACAUUUCUAACCCUGCUUAUGACAUUAGUUUAAUUUUGUGCAUAUGUUUGGUACGUUUUAAGUUUCAUUCCAUUUGGAUAGAGGAUGUUGAAGAAAUUCUUUUCGAGCUGUUGUGAAUUUGAAUGA